GCAAAGGCUGGCUGAGCGCAGGCCCAAGGACCAGCUCCAGGAAAGGACUAGCGGCUGGGGGUGGGGGAGAAGGAGGAAGCCAGAUGGGACAGAGAAGGACUGUUGAGGAAACUGGAGACAUCCCCACCCCCACCCCACAGCAGACAGCCACAGGCUGGUGCUGGCUUCGUGGGAGGGAGGGGAGGAAAUUUUCCCAUCCCAAGGAAAGAUGAAAGCCCAGAACUGGAGGAGAGCUCAGAGACCCUGCAAAAGUGUACAGGUGCGGAGUGAAGGGCUGUUGAGGAUUUACAGAGUUUUAGCGCUAGAAAGGAGCUGAGAGGAAGCUUUGGCCCAACCCCCUCGCGUUGCAGGUGUGGAAACCGAGGCGGGAGGAGGAUGGCAAUUUGCUGCAGCUGGCAGGCGAUGCUCUUCCGCUUCCCUGGGAGUGCGGUCCUCACUGAACCCUGACCUGCGUCUUGCCAGCACACACCUCGGCGCCCUCGGGCAGCUUCCAGUCCAGUAGCAGAGGCCUCUGGCUCAUAGGAAACACUUUGCGACCCAGCUGGGGGAGAUACGCCGCGCUUAGCGAGCUGGACUAGAUCGGUGUCCCCAGGUACGGGGAGUACUCGCUUUGGCUCCAGAGGACCGCUGAAAACACUGCGACCUCAUUUGGGGCCAAACAUAGGACCCCUCAGGGUUUCACUCUCCGGCUCUUAGAGCGGUGGGGGAGCCGUGGCCUUUCGCAGCGGGCGUCCGGUGACCGCUGGCUGAGCCCGGCCAGACUUCCCAUCCUCAAACUUUCGGGCCGUUGGAGGAAAUUCGGUGCAAAACAGCAUAAUCAAGAAGGUUUGCCGAUAUUCUCCCCGAACACGCCCUGCCCGUGACCACCCUGUGCUUGGCCCGGGGCUCCCCGAAGUGCCCGGGAAGGGGGACGCGCCCGGAGGCUGGGGAGGGGAAUUAGCUCUGGCGGUGCCCUCCUCGGUUCCGGGACACGAGCGGGCAGGGCCGGGGCCUGCAGCUUGCCCGCAGGAGCUGCGAGGGCUAGCAGCGGCCCCGACGCCAGGCCGGGGCGGAGGAUCACGGAGGGGCGCAGGGCCCCAGGCGCGGGAGGCGGCGGCGAGGCAGAAGCCAGCGCGGGCGAAGCUGCAAAUUGGGAGAGCUGCGGAGGUGCGCAUGCGCGGGAGAUGCCGGAGUUUCACUUUGUAACUUUUAAGUGAUUGAGACACCGCCCGCCCGGCCGAGUGGAGCCUGAAAAUUUCUCCGGGCCUCGCUGGACCGCCGCACCGCCACCGCCGCAGCUUUUCGCUAUUGCGGCCGAUCCCUUCCUCCUCCCCCACCCCGCCUUUGGGGAUUUGUCAGCUGGAGUCGACCUUCCAGCCUAACCCGGAGCGCAGCCUAGGGCCCGUCUUUCUCUGACCUUGCGAGGGAAGUCUGCAAAGGCCAGUGUCCCAUGACCCGGAUCCGCAAGGCCCUGAAGGCAAUGAGCGGCGGGCCCAAGGUAGCUUGGGAGGUAGCCGGGGCUGCGGUGGCUUUUGCUGGAGCCAGCGUCCACUGAGGCUCUCUCCUGGGGACUCAUCCACAGCCCUUCCUUCCCUGGGGCGUCUGGGAGGACACGCACCAUGACUGACUCCCCGUUCCUGGAGAUGUGGCCAUCCAGGGCGGUGGCCAUCCGCGAGCGCCUGGGCAUCGGCGACCAACGCAAUGACUCCUACUGCUACAACUCGGCCAAAAACAGCACCGUGCUCCAGGGGGUCACCUUCGGUGGCAUCCCCACUGUCCUGUUCAUAGACGUCACCUGCUUCCUGUUUUUAAUAUUGGUAUUUUCCAUCAUAAGAAGAAGAUUCUGGGAUUAUGGCCGCAUUGCCCUGGUGUCAGAAGCAGACAGUGAGUCCAGAUUCCAGAGGCUGUCAUCGUCCUCCUCAGGACAGCAGGACUUUGAAAGCGAGCUGGGAUGCUGCCCCUGGCUGACUGCAAUCUUCCGCCUGCAGGACGACCAGAUCCUGGAGUGGUGCGGGGAGGACGCCAUCCACUACUUGUCCUUCCAGAGACACAUCAUCUUCCUGCUGGUGGUGGUCAGCGCCUUGUCGCUCUGUGUCAUCCUGCCCGUCAACCUCUCGGGGAACUUGCUGGACAAAGACCCUUUCAGCUUUGGGAGGACCACAAUUGCAAACCUACAGACUGACAACAACCUCCUUUGGCUGCACACCGUCUUCGCUAUCAUUUACCUCAUUCUCACCGUGGGCUUCAUGAGGCACCACACCCAGUCCAUCAAGUACAAAGAGGAGAGCCUGGUGAGACGAACCCUGUUCAUCACAGGACUCCCCAGAAACGCCAAGAAGGAGACCGUGGAGAGCCACUUCCGGGACGCAUAUCCCACAUGCGAAGUGGUGGAGGUCCAGCUGUGCUACAACGUGGCCAAGCUGAUUUACCUGUGCAAGGAGAGAAAAAAGACAGAGAAGAGCCUGACCUAUUACACGAACCUGCAGGUGAAGACAGGCCAGCGGACCCUCAUCAACCCCAAACCCUGCGGCCAGUUCUGCUGCUGCGAAGUGCGGGGCUGUGAGUGGGAGGAUGCCAUUGCAUACUACACGCGCCUGAAGGCCAGGCUGAUGGAGAGGAUCACGGAGGAGGAGUGCAGGGUCCAGGACCAGCCCCUGGGACUGGCCUUCGUCACCUUCCAGGAGAAGUCCAUGGCCACCUACAUCCUGAAAGACUUCAACGCCUGCAAGUGUCAGGGCCUUCAGUGCAAAGGUGAGCCACAGCCGUCCUCCUACGGCAGGGAUCUGUGCAUCUCCAAGUGGACAGUCACCUUCGCCUCGUACCCCGAGGACAUCUGCUGGAAGAACCUCUCUAUCCAGGGCUUCCGCUGGUGGUUCCAGUGGCUGGGCAUCAACUUCACUCUCUCUGUGGGGCUGUUUUUCCUGACCACACCCUCCAUCAUCCUGUCCACCAUGGACAAGUUCAAUGUCACCAAACCCAUCCAUGCGCUAAACGACCCCGUCAUCAGCCAGUUCUUCCCGACCCUCCUCCUGUGGUCCUUCUCGGCCCUGCUCCCCACUGUCGUUUACUACUCCACGCUGCUGGAGUCUCACUGGACCAAGUCAGGGGAGAACCGGAUCAUGAUGACCAAGGUCUACAUAUUCCUGAUCUUCAUGGUGCUGAUCCUGCCCUCCCUCGGCCUCACCAGUCUGGAUUUUUUCUUCCGGUGGCUCUUUGAUAAAACCUCCUCAGAGGCCUCUAUCAGGUUGGAGUGCGUCUUCCUGCCCGACCAGGGUGCCUUCUUCGUCAACUACGUCAUUGCCUCGGCCUUCAUCGGCAACGGCAUGGAGCUGCUGCGGCUGCCCGGCCUCAUCCUCUACACCUUCCGCAUGGGCAUGGCCAAGACCGUGGCUGACCGCAGGAACAUCAAGCAGAACCAGGCCUUCGAGUUCGAGUUUGGAGCCAUGUACGCCUGGAUGCUGUGUGUCUUCACCGUGAUCAUGGCCUAUAGCAUCACCUGCCCCAUCAUCGCGCCGUUUGGCCUCAUCUACAUUCUGCUCAAGCACAUGGUGGACCGGCACAACCUCUACUUCGUCUACCUCCCGGCCAAGCUGGAGAAGAGGAUCCACUUCGCGGCCGUGAACCAGGCCUUGGCCGCUCCCAUCCUGUGCCUCUUCUGGCUCUACUUCUUCUCCUUCCUGCGCCUGGGUCUGAAGGCUCCCCUCACCCUGUUCACCUUCCUGGUGGUGCUGCUCACCAUCCUGGUCUGCCUGGCCUACACCUGCUUUGGAUGCUUCAAGCACCUCAGCCCCCUGAACUACAAGAUGGAAGAAUCAGCGGCGAGUGACAGAGGAAGUGAGGUCGGGGCCCACCUGCCUCCCCCUUUCACACCCUACGUGCCCCGGAUCCUGAACAGCUCAUCCUCAGAGAAAACAGCCCUGUCCCCACAGCAGCAGCAGACCUACGGCGCCAUCCACAAUAUCAGUGGGACUGUCCCCGGCCAGUGCGUGGUGCAGAGCCCUGCGGACAGUGUGGCAGCCACCUACCAAGAAGCCUGAGGGCCUGGGAGCUGCUGGGCUGGGCCAGGCUCGAGGACUUGGGGAGUCGGGCACAGACACAGGUGGAGAAGCAGCUUGACUCUCACCCUAGCCAAGUUCAGGACUGCUUUCUACAUGCUUUAAGAGCAUCUGCUCUGAAAAGAUGGAAGCAGAAAGGAGCUCUGGCCCUGGGCUUGGUGGGAAGGGUGGGACUGCCAGCCUCUAGUGGUCUUUUCUAGACCCAGUGGAGGAAGGGGAGUCGCUGCAGCUCUGGACUCUGCCUGUUCCCCCGAGGCUCUGCUGAUGUCCAGCUCCAUCUUCUGCUGCGGGUCCAGCUUUGGAGCUGGGAUGAUAUCCCCAAUGGUUUUUAGCAAGAUCAUGUGUUGGAACUGUGUCCCUCCAACCCAUUAGCUGUGGUGAUAGCAAGCGGGGGGUUAUACCGCGUGAACACCUUCUGAGCAGCCAUAGAUAGCCCCUGCACCCCUCCGCCCCCAGGCACACCCACAACUCAUAACCAAAGAGCCUACGCAGAAGCUGCAAGCCUGAGAUGGGCUCGCAGUGAUGGUCCGGCUGGUCCCAGCGCCCGGGGUCCCGCAGAGCGCUGGGAGGGGGCGGGGCCAGUGCUGGGCCGCAGCAGGCUCCUCCCCAGCCCCACCAGGGUCCUGCGUUUUUGAUCAUGUUGCCAGUGACACGGGCUGGAUCAGGGUCUCCCUGCAGCAGACAGGGACGAGGAGGACCACUACUAAAGUGUCCAUUCGGCCAGACUGGUGAGAUCCAGCCUCUCUUGCCUCUUCAGGCCCCAGAGUGUAGGGCCCUUGAGUCCAUCUGUCUGUUCCCUCCCAGGGGGACAGGGCUCAGGGCUUUCUUGAAGACAAGGGAGAAUUGCAGCCCCAGGAGGAGAGGCGCAACCUCUUAUUUUUUUCCUCUCUUGGUGGGAUCCAGCUGUGAAGCAACUUCCAGCGCUUGCGGGAGAAGCCGCCCCCGCUACUCCCUCCAGGGGGCGCCAGAGGCACGAGCGUGCGGAUGGGGACUGGAGACCAGAGGCUGCCUGGAGCCUGGUGGACGGGGCCGCCAGCAGUGGCCGCGCGGUGUCUGCUCGGAGCUGCCCCAGGCACCCAGACCAGCUAGAGCGGUUUCUUGGUGUCCCCCCGCCCCGUGUCCCCACCAUCUUUCCCCUCCCAGCGGAACCCCACCCCCGUGCGGACUGCAGACCUGCCAGUUCUGCUGGAGACACACCCACAUGGGGUUGGGGCUUAUCAUGUCACUUGUUCCAGCCACUUUGAGAAGGAAAAUCAUUUAUCAUCAAAGUCAUGUUGCUUAACAAGUGUGUGGGGAGCAUAUGCUGAGGGGCAGGCCUGGGGUCCCAGCUGGCAGGGACGGAAGCCAGUGUGUUCCUAGGAAAAUGGGGCGUCUCCACAGAAGCCUGGGAAGCCACCACCCUGCCAGCCCCACUUCUGCCGGGAGCUUCCGGGGAAAAGGACAGGGAUCGGGAGGGAGCCUACCACUUGGGAGCAGGGGAUGCCUAUGAGGUGACAGCCAGUCCCCCCACCCGCUGUGGUCACUGCUGCUCCAACAGCCCCAUGAACUUGCGGAUGUCCUGGGCCAGCAGCUCCGGCUCCUCAAAGGCGGCAAAGUGGCCCCCACGGGCCAUGUAGGAAUAGGAGAUGAGUUUUGGGUACUUGUUCUUCACCCACUUUUCUGGGCAGUGUAACACCUCGGAAGGGAAGGCAGCAAAGCCGGUGGGCACGUGGACCUUGAUCCUGGAGGAGAAAGAGACCCACUGAGGGGGAGGCGGAGCCCUGUCCCUCUGUCCCCACAGCAGGCAGUGCAGGCGCCUGGGAGUCAGUUCACCCACUAGCACAGAGCCGUAAACUAAAAGACAGACCCAGGGAUUUUUUUUUACAACCCACCUCAAUGCAAACCCCCCAAGGGCCCUCUUUUCCGGAAGGGCUGCCCAGGCUGGAGAGUGGCUGAGUGAGAGAUCAGUCAGCCUCUACCUCCUGCCUAUGUUGCCCUUUCCCACUGCUGCUGUCUGCAGGUCCCCUAUGAGGUCUGCAAGGGUUCCAGGUAAGUCCACCCCGGGCCAGCCUAUUAGCCCCGGGGAGCCACUAGGGAAGCCUGGAGGCCAGGCCCUGGGUUCCCUCUGUGAGCUUUUUUUUUUUUUUCCUUUUUAGGGCCGCACCCACGGCAUAUGGAGGUUCCUGGGCUAGGGGUCCAAUCGGAGCUCCAGCUGCCGGCCUACACCACAGCAACUGGAUCCAAGCCGCAUCUGUGACUAUACCACGGCUCCUGGCAAUGCUGGAUCCUAAACCCACUGAAUGGGGCCAGGGAUCAAACCAUGUCCUCGAGGAUACGAGUCGGAUUUGUUACCACUGAGCCACAACAGGAACUCUCAUGAGCUAAUUCUAAAGACAGAUUUUUCUGAACCUCCCUGACCUCCUUUAAAUCGUAUUCUCUUCCUGUAUGCCCGCUGUGCACUGAAGGCUAGGUUGUACUUUUCUGCAUCAAGUGCCUGCCUUUGAGCCCAAGACCAGGCUGGCCACCCACCCCCCACCUCCCA